CCUUUGUGUUGUAAUUUUGGAUUCGCCUCUGCCCACACCAGUAUACAGUAUGGUUUCUCCUUGUCACCUUUGUUGGUGUGUUCCACAAAUUGGUUCUCUCUCCAAGCCUUGUACUCUCUAAAGUCCUGUAUUUCGGAAAACAGAAAGAACAAGAAAUGCUUCUGAGAAGUGUCUCUGCACCAAUCUUGAAAUCAUGUGUUAUAGGUCCAUCUCCAGAACCAAUUAUCAGAACCAUUAGUGCUUCAAUUUCUAUCUCCUUAAAUCAUGACCCCAUCAUAAAGAAAAUCUCAACGACUGUAUCAGACCGCAACUUUAAUGAAUUGUACAAAAUCAAGAUUAAGCCUUUUCCAAAAGGAGGUUAUUCUCAGUUUGCUUCAAAAUGCUCACAGAAUCAAGAAACUGUUACCAGCAGUUUGAGUUUUGGUGUUAGUACUAGUAUGUCAUUGGUAUCUGAAAUGGAAAGGUUGGAUCAAGAAUGUGCUGUUUUAGAAAAUGGCGGUGGCAGUGGCAGUGGCGGUGGCCGGAUUUGUGGUGGUGGAGAUGGAAGUGAUCAUGGGUUUGAGAGUAUUGAGGACUAUUAUCAGGAGAUGAUCAAGGUUGAUCCUAAUAAUCUUCUUUUUCUAGGAAACUAUGCCAAAUUCUUGAAAGAGGUUAAAGGAGAUGUUGUGAAAGCAGAAGAGUAUUGUGGAAGAGCAAUAGUGGCAAAUGCAAAUGAUGGGGAUAUAUUUUCACUAUAUGGGGAUUUGGUAUGGGAUGCUCAUAAGGAUGCUGAUAGGGCUGACUGCUACUAUAAUCAAGCUGUGAAGGCUUCUCCUAAUGAUUGUUAUGUUCUUGCUUCAUAUGCUCGGUUUCUUUGGGAUGCUGGGACUGAUGAUGAUGAAGAAGAAGAAGAAGAUGUUGAUAAGGCUACUUAUAUUAUGAAUACUUCAUCAGUCAAUUUCCUUAAAGGAGUAGAUAGUUUCCCCUCACCUCCCAUCACUGCUUCUUGAUUUGUUUCUUUGUUAGUUGUUUUCUUUUGUUGUCUCCUAACAUUGUCACUUUCCUGUAUAUAUGAAAAACAUAAAUGAUGCAAUGUUGAAUAUAUAAUCCUCCUCUCUCAUGUCA